GGCAUAUAUACUAAAACUGUUCUGUCCCAUAAAUAAGAGUACUACACUACUAGUUUCUCUUACAAACUCUCUUUAUCAUUCCCUGGCAACAUCACAGCACCAUCAAUUUAGUAAGACCAGGUGAAAAAUGAUGAAACUGUACAUUUUAUGGCUCUUUUCUAUUCAAUUUUUGUUGCAUGCAUCAAUAUCAAACAGUGGAAAAGUUCCAGCUAUAAUUGUUUUUGGAGAUUCUUCUGUUGAUUCAGGUAACAACAAUUUCAUUCCAACAAUAGCAAGGAGUAAUUUUCCACCAUAUGGUAAAGAUUUUCCAAAUGGAAAUCCAACUGGUAGAUUUUCAAAUGGCAGAAUUGCCCCUGAUUUCAUCUCUGAAGCAUUUGGACUUAAACCAACUAUUCCAGCUUAUUUAGAUCCUUCUUAUAGUAUAUCUGAUUUUGCUACUGGUGUUUGUUUUGCUUCUGCUGGUACUGGAUUUGAUAACGCUACUGCAAGUGUUGCUGAUGUCAUACCUUUAUGGAAAGAAGUUGAGUUCUAUAAAGACUAUCAAAUGAAAUUGAGAGCAAAUUUUGGUGAUAAGAAAGCUAAUGAAAUAAUUAAAGAGUCAUUAUAUUUGGUUAGCAUAGGAACAAAUGAUUUUCUUGAGAACUAUUACACACUUCCUCAAACAAGGAUGAAAUAUAAAACUGUUCAAGAAUAUGAGGAUUUUUUAAUUGCACUUGCUAAUAAUUUCCUUAGGGAAAUUUAUGACCUUGGAGCAAGGAAAAUUUCUCUGACAGGGUUACCUCCUAUGGGGUGUCUGCCACUUGAAAGGGCCAUAAAUAUUAUGGACCUCCAUAGUUGUGUGGAUUAUUAUAAUGACGUGGCUUUAGAAUUUAAUGCAAAAUUGGGAUGGUUAGUCACAAAGUUGAACAAGGAGCUCCAUGGAUUUCAAUUGGUAGAUGCAAAUGCAUAUAAUAUGUUGCUGCAAAUUGUUAAACAUCCUUCUCAAUUUGGUUUUGAAGAUGCAACAGUGGGGUGCUGUGGAACAGGUAGAUUUGAGAUGGGUAUUUUUUGUGAUCCAAAAAGCCCAUUUUCAUGCAAAAAUGCAAAUAAGUAUGUAUUUUGGGAUGCUUUUCACCCCUCAGAAAGAACAAGUCAGCUAGUAUCAAAUUAUUUAAUGCAAAAAUAUCUUGCCAAGUUUCUCUAAUUCAAUAGACACAGGAGCAACAUGUCCUUCCAAAAGAACCCUUUCGUGAAUGUAAUUAUGUAACCAUGCAUGCAUACAUUUUUUUUUACGGAAUAAAUGUAUUUAUAUAUUUAAUUAAAUAUGCACGUAUUAUUUAUUUUUAAGCUUA